UAUACGGCGAUGACGUGAAUUCACAAUGACGGCGCAUGCUUGAUAUCGACUUGUAGCGCAGCAACAGCUUCGUAAAACGCAGUCAUAGCCGCAGCAGCAACAGCAACGUAGAAUUUUACGUUGAAUGGAAAAGGAUAUGGAAACAGUUUUAGUGAUGUUUGGAAUAUCUAUCUUUCGGGUGGAUCUCUUAAAUCAUCUGCUCGAAUCUUGAGAGGAGAAUAUAACGUUAAGCUCGAUAUAUGUAUAAUUUCAUUGAAAUCCGUUUAGCCGUUUAAAUGCAAUCGUGUUGACAAACAUAAACGGAUAACGAGUGAACACGUUCUUCGCAGACUGUGUGUAGUAAAUACGGCAAGCAAAGGGAAUGGGGUUUCACAUGGAGAUUCUCGUGGCGAUACUAGGUUGAAAGGGUUUAACACUCGAGCGAGCUUAUUAGCCAGUCGGAGCGUUAGUUUGAAAUUUAAAGAAUAUGUGUUUGAAAAUAUUGCGAGUAGUAAUUAGGUAAUUAUUGGUCGUACCGUGGAAAAUGCAAUGGAACCGAACGUGAGCAGCUAUUAAAAUAACUUGACGCUACAUUAUGUGAAUUGAUAUACUAUAAAAUAGAGAUAUUAAUAGAAAAACCGAGACAUGGAUCGAUAAUAAAACCUCGCGCAAAAUAUUUUCAACUUUCCACCUACUUAGUUUAAAUCGGUAGGUGAUUGGAACAAUGCAAGCUUGCUAGCGUAAAUAAACAUAGACUAAACUCAUCUAGUCUAUAACGCAAAACCAUUACCACCAAAUAAUGUAACAUGUCAACGACUAUAGACGUGUUUAAUCGUCCCGAAAGUUUGACAAAGAUAAAGUAAAGUAUAAACUUGUACUAAUAAUACAAAUAACGGAUGAGAAAUUGAGUAAGAAUAAAAUAAUAAAAGUGGUAGGUACAGGACGAGAAAUAGAAGGGUUCGAUUUAUGAAAUUGAGUAAAACUUGAUCGGUAUUAUCGCGUACGUUGGUGAUUUUUCGCAGUACACCUAUAUCGAUUCGGAAGUGAAACAUCGUUUCCCGUAGAAGCUGGAGAUAAUCGGCAAGGAGAAAAUGUCCCGGACGAUGGCCAGGAAAGGGGGUUGGAACGUCGAGGAGGGUGAAUUCGUUGAACAAGUAAACGCGACGAUGUCGACGUAGCCAAAUUUCCGGUCAUCGAAUCGUGUCAGCUCAGGUAAAUAGCAGGAUGCUAAUUUUUGUUUGUUUUUGGUCGUGUUAUGCAGAACUGCAGAAUGAAUAAAUAGCAUAAAUACACGUAGUAAAAAGCUUGGUCGGUUCGUUCGAAAUAACAACAGACGCGGCGGUUUAUCUGUAAUCCGAACCCUGCUGGCAGUCUGGUUCUGGUUAUAAACAAAAUCGAGGGUCGCCCGAGGGUGAGGAAAACAGAAGUGGAGGGGGAAGGGACACUGCGAGGUGGUGCGAGGCUGCGGCGAGGUGUCCGUGCGGUGAUACUCGUCAGUAGCACGGCGGUCACAGAUCCUUUCGGAACAAAAAGUUUGCUAAUCAUCGUGGCAUCUUCUUUGGUCGGUAUUUCUUCGUCAACGCGACACGAGUUGGAUGGCUCGAAUUCGAAUCGCCUGUUUCGUCGGCGAAUUAAAAUCCACCUGGUAGAUGAGAUAAACGGAGAAGAAACGGGAGAAACGACAAGUCCAAGUGCUUCCGUGGAAUUGUCGAAAAUCAUAGCUUGGCUAAAAAAACUCCACGGACCAUUACGGAUGAAAGUCGACCGUCGAUCUUGAUCUUGAGACUCUUGACUGGUAACUCGCGAGUGAGACUAGGGAACAUUUUUUUCGGCUAGGAUCGAUCGAUCGUUGAGCGGGCUAACUGGAUUGCGUGUCCUGCUGUCCGAUCGAAAAAACAGACGCGAUGUCAACGUUACAAUGCAACGGUCGUUGACACAGUUUGUGAAUUGAGAAUCUUGAGUGGAGGUUUCUGGUACCGCUGCUGCUGCUGCUGCUGCUCCAGUUGAUCCAGUUGAUCCAGUUGAUCCAGUCGGCGUCAGCGUCAGCGUCAGCGUCGACUCGGGAGAUCGAGAAUGAAGUCCGAGGGCAACAACGGAUAUCUCAGGGCGGCCGUUAUCAUCGAGCAGAACCAAGUUUUGCCUGGAUCCGUUCAGGAGGAAGCAUUACCUGCAUCCAAUCCUAUCGAGGUGAGCUACGGUCCCUGUGGAAACACGACGACCACGGUUCUCCACCACUCUGGAAAUAGGCCGAUAGGUGGAAUAACAACAAGGGCCGCGACCACCACGUCGAUCACGCGUAGACGAACAGGGACGACCAACAGACAGCAAUUGCUGGGUGUGCUCGCUGUCACUCUCUUCGCCACUUGUCUUUUCAUUCUUUUGCUGCUGGCGCUGAACACGAGUCGCGAGUGCGUACAAAAGCCACGUCCUAACGUUUGCAUGACGGAGGAAUGUGUCGUAACAGCGGCGAGUCUGUUAUCAGCGAUGGACCAAACCGCUGCACCAUGCGUGGAUUUCUUUCAAUACGCUUGUGGUGCCUGGAACCGACAGCACGUGAUACCAGAGGACAAAAGUUCCAUCAAUACAUUCGAAGUUUUGGCCGACCAGUUGCAAGUGAUUCUGAAACGCGUCCUCGAGGAACCACCGAACGCCGACGACAACGACGCCACGUUGAAGGCGAAGAUGUUCUACAAAUCGUGCAUGGACAUCCGUCGCAUCAGGGAUAUCGGCGAUGCGCCCCUUAAAAAGAGUCUAGAAUCCCUAGGUGGCUGGCCAGCGGUAGUCGGCGAAUCUUGGGAGCCACCAGUUUAUUCGAUCGAAGUCCUUCUAGGUCGUCUACGCGGAGAAUACAACGAGGGAGUGUUAAUGGAACAGUGGAUUGGACCAGACGACAAAAAUUCCUCAGCCAACAUCCUGCAGCUGGAUCAGAUGCAACUGGCGUUGCCAAGCAGAGACUACUACUCGCAAAGCGAAAUCGAAUUGAACGCUUAUCAUCGUUACAUGACGAGCGUCGCUCUGUUACUCGGCGCCAAUCCGAAAACUGCAUCGGACGAGUUGAACCGUGUAAUCACAUUGGAGAAACAAUUGGCUAACGCGUCCAUACCGGAGGCGGAUAGGCACGACACCUCCGCCAUUUACCGGAAGCUGACAUUGCGCCAACUGCAGCGUGAAAUUCCGCAAAUCGAGUGGCGCGUUUACUUGGAGGAAUUCAUCAGAGUUCCUAUAACGGAAGAGGAGCCGAUCGUGGUCUACGGUAUGCAAUACUUGCUGGAAAUGGGCCGCAUCGUACAGACGACGGAUCGCAGAACUCUACACAAUUACAUACUUUGGCGUCUGGUAAUGUCUAUAAUGCCUCAUAUGAUAGACGAGUACCAGCAAAAGAGGGUCGAAUUUCGAAAGAUUCUCCAAGGAAUAUCGAGCGAGAGAAACAGAUGGGGCCAAUGCGUCGAAUGGACGAACAAAAAGCUAGGCAUGGCUGCGGGUGCUCUCUUUAUACGAGACAAUUUCAAUCACGAUAGCAAGGAGACGGCACUCGAGAUGAUCCAUACGAUACGCGAGGCGUUCAACGAAUUACUGGCAGAGAAUCAUUGGAUGGACGAUGAAACGAGAGCAGUGGCAAAAAAGAAAGCUGACUCCAUGAACGAGAGAAUCGGGUAUCCAGAAUUUCUGAAAGAUCCAGUCGAAUUAUCAAAAGAAUACGCGACGCUGAACAUUACCGAAAACCAUUUUCUCGAGAACGUGCUGGCGCUAUCCAAGUACGACGCUUAUCGCAAUAUAGAAAUAUUACGAAAGCCGGUUGAUAGAAAUAAGUGGUCCACGGAACCAGCUGUUGUGAACGCCUUCUACAAUCCUAACAAAAAUGACAUCGUCUUCCCAGCAGGAAUCCUGCAGCCGCUCUUCUAUUCCCAACACUUUCCCAAAUCACUGAAUUACGGCGGGAUCGGUGUAGUGAUUGGCCACGAGAUCACUCAUGGUUUCGAUGAGAAGGGCCGUCAGUUCGAUAAAGACGGAAACAUGAUGCAAUGGUGGAACAACGCAACUAUCACAGCUUUUCGGAGAAGAGCUCAGUGCAUCGUGGAUCAGUAUUCCAGGUACAAGCUACAGGAAGUCGGUUUGUACAUCAACGGAAGGAUGACUCAGGGGGAGAACAUCGCGGACAACGGAGGACUCAAGCAAUCUUUCCGAGCAUACAAGAAAUGGGUAUCGGUUCACGGGGACGAACCUCUACUUCCUGGCGUGAACCUAACUCACGAACAGCUAUUCUUUUUAAACUACGCGCAGAUCUGGUGCGGCACCAUGAGACGGGAAGAUGCUCUAACGAAAAUUCGCAGUAGCGUUCAUUCACCGGGUCUUAUAAGAGUUUGGGGCCCGCUCUCCAACAGCUACGACUUUGCCAAGGCCUACGAUUGUCCUUUAGGCUCGCCGAUGAAUCCGAUGCACAAGUGCAGCGUUUGGUAACGUUAGCAUAGUUCCAGAGAAUCAAGCAUUUAACUCCAAGUACAAAAUAUCUUGAUGGGAUUUCUAUCGUCGUGGAAGAAUUUGUUCAGCCGAAAUCAACUGUUGGCCAAAAUGGGACCACAGGAUACUAGCUUUAUUUUAUUUUUAAACCUGAAUCUUUGAAUUACUCGUACGAAACGCGUACCCAGCGAAAAGUAAACAAAUACAACUUUAACCCAGACUUAACUCAAAAAGAAAUAAAAAAACAAAACUCAGAGGACAAAAAACGACUGAAUGUAUAAAAUGCGUCUGAAUUUAUGAACGUAUACACAUAUAUAUGUUAUAAAUAUUAAAAUAAAAA